AUGGGUUUCGUUUUCCAGAAUGACUCAUCGAGUGAAACGAAAAAAGUAUUGCUGCAAUUCUUUGGCCAGCACCCAAUGCUCAAGUCCUUUGUUGCGGGCUCACUCAGUGGAACGUGCUCUACCUUGCUCUUUCAACCAUUUGAUCUCGUCAAGACGAGGAUUCAGAAUGCCAACUUUGCCUUUUCCACUUCCACGGGUGCCUCCACGACAGCCAUCACUGCUCCGAAUCGAAUAACCGGUGUGCUGGUUGACGUGGUCAAAAAUGAACAGGUGAUUGGCCUUUGGAGAGGGACAGUGCCGUCUCUCAUUCGCUGUGUGCCUGGUGUCGGUCUGCACUUUUGUUGUCUAGACACACUGCAGGCACAUUUCUGCUCUGGACGACAGCCAAAGGCAGCGGAAGCGCUGGUCUUUGGCAUGGCCUCGAGGACACUGGCCGGUGCACUUCUCAUUCCAGUGACGGUGGUGAAGACCCGCUACGAGAGCGGCGUCUUCCUCUACCGCAGCCUGACGCCCACUCUCAUGCGAGAUGUGCCCUUCAGUGGUCUGUACUACAUGUUCUUCAGUCAGCUGAAGGCGGUGGCCAUGCCCAUGGUGCUGGGGGAUGGCGACCAGAAGAAGCAGCAGAUGGGCAAGAGCAAAUCAGUUGUCAGCACUUCAGUGGUCACAUUUCUGUGCGGCGUCAAUGCUGGCCUGCUGGCAUCGGUGGUCACCCAGCCAAUGGAUGUGGUGAAAACGCACAUGCAACUGUACCCGAAGCAGUAUCCCAGCUUGAUGGCCACUGUGAUGCACAUCAGCAAGAGCAAAGGACCACAGGGUCUCUUUAGUGGACUAGUGCCGCGAAUGCUCAGGCGAACUCUGGUCGCUUCGAUGGCCUGGACAGUGUACGAGCAGAUGAUGAAGUCAGUCGGCAUCAAAUGA